CAGUUUCAUACGGAGGAGAACUCGACGGGAUGGACGAGAUAGGCUAGCUAGGCGUUGAUUCGGGCGAACGCUGCGGCAGCUUGGAUUGUGCCAAUGGUCAGAUAAGCUCAAGGGAGGAGGGACAGUCCCGUGGGGUUUGGCCGCGCAACCCUCUAUAGAUGGGAGAGAAUCGCGGGAGGAUGGGCAAUGAUGGGCUGAAGAUGCCUGGUUUUUUCAAUGUGUCGCCGACAAAAUAG